AUGUCACAGGCGUUGCAGAGCGUGAGCUCUGUGGCGAAGCAAAUUGACGAGAAUGUGAAAUCAUUUCUUGUGUUGAUUCAAAGUCUUGAAACUGAGGGGAAAGCAAAGGAAGAGAACGUGAAGAAGUACCAACAGCAGGUCAUCCAGCUGCAGAAGAGUGAAUCUAAAUAUCUGGCACGGAUAAAGAACCUUGUGGAUGAGAACACGAGCCUGCGGAUGCAGGUAGGAGAGAAGGACGACUUGAUUCGUAAGUAUCAGGAUGACAUGGAGAACAUGAAUGCAAAGUGGAAGUCCAUCCUGAAUCAGUACCACUCGAUCAAAGAACAGAUGAAGGCGGUGAAGAGCUCCAUCUCCAAGAGCAAGACAAGACUCCUGAGCAGGGGAGAGGUAGCGGACAUCGAGAAGAACUGCGAUGAAUUACAGAAAGCUGCCAAUGACGCUUCGAAACAAGCUGCAGAGGCUGAUGCAGACAGAGCAGCAGAGGCUCAAAGUAAUGCUGAGAUAGUUGUUGCCGAAACUCCCCCAGAAGUCGACUACAACCCUUCACAGAACUCUCCUAUACUCAUCAGGCGGAAUGAGAAGUCAAAAUGUGCAGAGGUGACCAACGAUGUAGAGGAAGAUGUUGGUCAAGAAAGCUGUGUGUCCUUCACGCAUGGCGGAAUGGAGCCGAGUGCCUCUCCUCGCAUCCGAGAUGAAGAUCAUGAUUCCUUCAUGGAUGAGGCAGACUCGGACAAUCGCCAGGUACAAAUCUCUCAAGGACAAGCGCAUCAGGAGUCAGCUAAAGCACAAGAAGCUGCCAGUGCUCCCCAUCAUGACAAGAAGAGAAAGACUUGGGACCUGCAAGACCAGCCUGAUGGUAAAGUCAGCCCAGCAAAGAGUGGAGGUGUGGUGUACAAGUGCAGAACCGUUGAUCGGGAGGGCAGUAAGAACUCUCGGUAUCAGCAACAUCCUGAGCUGGAGGAGAAGACAAGGAGUGAAGGCAGCAGCAGAGGCAAGCCAGCUGUUCUAGUCAACUGUGUCACUCGGAAGAAGGCGGAACGAGCUGACCUCAGAGGUUUCACAUGCGACUGCUGCGACAAGUUCUUUGGAAAGGUGUCUGAAGGAUCAUAUGACAUGCCCAAGCAACAUCUCUGCCAGCAGUUUUCCCGUCAUCGGUAUCAGUUUUCUCCCCCUAAGACGCCGCCAAGCUUCUGGAGGAUCGGCUUCACUCAGUCACAGCCUAUAGAUGAUUGA